CCCACCUCUGCCUACCCCAAAACGAUAGACUGGUAAAAUAAAAUAAUAAAAUAAAUAUUACGAUUUUUUAGGGCUCCCGUGGUCCUUGGUGUCAGCUUGCGGACGUGUGGCAUCCAUCUAUAUGUACUCAACAGAAGUAGGUUUGUUGGGGACAGCUUAUGUGGGCCCCACUGGGCCCUCAAGGUUCUUUUCCUGGGCUCUCAUGGUGGUCCAAUUUUUUUAUGCAUUUAACACCGCCCAAAAUAGCGUGCAAUCGGGUGGAGGCGGUCUCACCGUAACUUACGGUAGGCAAAAAAUAAAAUAAAAUAUCACAAAUUUUUAAUUGAUGAUUUUAAGAAAGAUUAUUCAGGCCAGAAUGCCAAAAUAAUCCUUAUUUAACUUGUCAAAAAUAUCUUUUAUUUUUUUAAGAAAAAAAAAAUUUCCUAUAAAAUCUUAGAAGUUUUUGUAAAGUAUAUUUUUGUUAAAAAAAUAUUUUGUAUUUCCUUUUUCUAAUUUUCAGUUAUUUAAUGUAAGUCAUAUUUAAAAAAAAAAAUAAGAGUUUGUUUAAUUACGUAAUUUAAAAAUAUUUUUUUAUUUAAAAAUAAAAGUAUAUUUUUAAAAUUUCUUAAUAUUAUUUAACCAUUAUUUUUUUGAAAAUUAUUUUUUAAAAAUAAAAUAAAAUAAAAUAAAAUAAAAUUUUAGAUAAUAAAGAGUUUUUUUCACUCGGUCUUAAAAACAAAAGAAAAAUAUAGGCCCAUUAGAUUCAUUUGAUCGCAUUUUUUAAAAUUUGUUUUUAAAAAACAGGUUCAAUGAACCUUAAAUUGUUAAAAUAUGAUUUUAAUAUAUUUUAUGAUAAGAAUGACAAAACAAACUUGCUUUAAAAUAAAAUAAUUCGGUAGUCAAAAUAGUUCAAUUUUGGAUGCAUUUAAAUUAGGGCUCUUCGAGAAGUCUUUGCCGUAAUACGGACAUAAAUACAAAGUAGUGGUGGGUGGGAACAUUUUAGCCAGCUGUCGCGAUUCAUUGGCAGAGGAAGCCGGGUGCAGUGUUCACAAACGUCUUCGAUCACAGAGGACAUACUCUCGACGACACCACCACCCCAAUUAUAAUCUCGUUCAGUGAAUCAGUGUACAUCUCUUAUUUCGCUUCGUCUUUCCUCUCUCUUCUCCAACGGUUCGAUCCGGCUCAGCAUCCUCUCUUCGAAGUGCAAAAGCUCAACACUUCCCCUUUUAUAUUGGCCUGCAUCAUUGAAUGCAAAAACCAGGGAAUGCAGAAAGAUGUGUGUGAAUGCUGGGAAUUGCUGCUCUGAAGCCCAUGAGAUCCUAUCUCCCUUGGGGCAUCCUUUGUUCAUCCUUGAUGAGGUUGGCCACGCAUCACAGAGCACAUUUGAGCUAUAUGCCCGAAUGCACAUUGAAACCACAAGUUGUAGCAUCUCUCUCGUGUUGAAUCGUGACCUUGUUGAAGACGGUUGAAUUUCUAGAUUUUAAUUACUCCUUCCUCGCGAAUAACAUAUUUCAUACUAGAAGGAGAACAUAUUAAGCACAGUGUCUUAGAUUUUAUAAUUUAGAAUGGAAAAUAAGGGGAAUGUGCUGAUGCAAAGGUAUGAUGUCGGGAGAUUGCUAGGCCAAGGAAACUUUGCUAAGGUUUACUAUGGAAGGGAUCUAAAAACUGGCCAGAGUGUAGCCAUUAAGGUGAUCGACAAAGAAAAGAUUUUUAAAGUGGGGCUAAUUGAUCAGACCAAGAGGGAGAUAUCUGUUAUGAAGCUUGUAAAACACCCUAAUGUCAUUCAGUUUUACGAGGUCAUGGCCACCAAAACCAAGAUUUACUUUGUUAUGGAAUAUGCCAAAGGUGGUGAGCUGUUUAACAAGGUAGCCAAAGGAAGGCUCAUGGAGGAUUUUGCAAGGAAUUAUUUUCAACAGUUGAUCAGUGCCGUUGACUUUUGCCACAGCAGAGGUGUUUAUCACCGGGAUUUGAAACCAGAAAACCUAUUGCUGGACGAGAAUGGAGUUCUGAAGGUGACAGAUUUUGGGUUGAGUGCCCUUGCAGAAUCGAAGCAUCAAGAUGGAUUACUCCACACAACUUGUGGAACCCCUGCUUAUGUAGCGCCAGAAGUGAUAAAUAGAAAAGGGUAUGAUGGGGCCAAAGCUGACAUCUGGUCUUGUGGGGUGAUCUUAUUUGUUCUUCUGGCUGGGUAUCUCCCAUUCCAUGAUUCAAAUCUAAUGGAGAUGUAUAGGAAGAUAGGCAAGGCAGAUUAUAAAUGCCCCAAUUGGUUCCCAUCUGAAGUGCGCAGGUUGCUGUCAAAAAUCCUUGACCCAAACCCUAAUACUAGGAUUUCCAUUGCAAAAAUAAUGGUAAAUCCCUGGUUUAGGAGAGGGUUCAUCCCCAAGCCUUUGAAAACUAAAACAGAAGUCAAGGAUUUAGAUCCACUGGGCACAGAUACAGUUUUUGGCCCUUGUGAGAAUAACAGUGCUGCUGCCGGAGAGAUGAAAGAGUUGUCGAAACCUACCCAGCCUACCAAUUUGAAUGCAUUUGAUAUCAUCUCUCUUUCUACGGGGUUUGACUUGUCUGGUUUGUUUGCAACCAAUGACCAAAAGAAAGAAGUACAAUUUACAUCCAGGCAGCCCGCCACAGCUAUCAUAUCUAAACUGGAGGAGAUUGCUAGGCGCCUAAGACUGAAAAUUAAAAAGAAGGAUGGAGGAUUGUUGAAAUUGGAGGGAUCAGUGGAAGGUAGAAAGGGGCCAUUGUCCAUUGAUGCUGAAAUAUUUGAGUUUACUUCGUCUUUUCAUUUGGUGGAAAUGAAGAAGUCCAGUGGUGAUACUUUGGAAUAUCAGAAGAUACUGAGACAGGAGAUAAGGCCAGCACUCAAGGACAUUGUUUGGGCUUGGCAAGGUGAGCAGCAACAGCAGCAGCAACAACAACAACAACAAGAACCAUAUCAAGAACUGCAGGUUCAUUCUUCUUGAGUGUAGCCGUUAUAAGUUUUCCUAUAUUUUUUGAGGUGUCUUUUCUUUAUUUGUAAAUUGCUUGGUGUGUAAUGACUGUGGCAGUCAUAUUACAAUCUAUGUGAACAUGUUUAGCAUGUGUGCUUGAAGGCUAAAUGUUAUUGGACGUAGUUAACUGUGAGGUUCCUCACUGGCUUUUAUCAAUGUUUUCUUCUUA